ACCAAGUUGUGCGAGCGAAUCGCCGCUUCUGACUGUCAAUCACCAGAUAGCAAAGGGAGCAAGAGUGAAACUGGGGGGGGAGAUCGGGUGAAAAUAAAACCUCAGGUCAUAUUGUAUAUUGAGGCAGUGAAUAAUAAGCGGGAAAGCUGGUGAGAAUCACUUUGGGAGAGAUCACGUAAACCGCCCCGUCCAUGAACGUAAAACUUGGCGAGCCUCAUUACUGCGUGCGUACACUCUGGAAAGAGAACACGGACAGUUCUCGCACAGAGGGAAAAAAAACAUCUAGAGAAAAGCAAACACCGCCUUCUGUAAACUACGGGAUACUGUGGCGAAAGUGGAUUAUAAAGUUUUGGCUCCUAACUGGAAAGUGAUCGACUGUUUUUAGGAGUUGGUGUCCUGCCUUUCUGGAGAAGUUGUGCGGCUAGAUUGUCGUGUUUGGAAUUUCGGAGUCGGGCUUCGCAGUGAGAGCUAUAGCGAGGUGGGGACCGGAGGGAGGAGUGUCGGCGAUCGGGCAUUACGUACAGAAUAAACCUCUCCACGGCAAAGAAAAAAUCUCAGAAGAUGAGCGGGGGUGAAGUGGUCUGUGCGGGCUGGCUAAGAAAGUCUCCGCCAGAGAAAAAGUUGAGACGUUACGCAUGGAAGAAACGGUGGUUUGUCCUUCGCAGUGGCCGUCUCACCGGGGACCCGGACGUGCUGGAAUACUACAAAAAUGACCACACCAAGAAGCCCAUCCGCGUCAUCGACCUCAACCUGUGUGAGCAAGUGGACGCCGGUCUGACCUUCAACAAGAAGGACCUGGAGCACAGCUUCAUCUUCGACAUCAAGACCAUCGACCGCGUCUUCUACCUGGUGGCCGACACCGAGGAGGACAUGAACAAGUGGGUGCGGUCCAUCUGCGACAUCUGCGGGUUCAACCCCACCGAUGAGGAUUCGGCGAAGCCCUCGCACCAGUCCAGCAGCGCAGCCAUGGAUGUGCCCCAGCACCCCGGCCCGGUCACCAUGACGCCCUCCCCCAUGAACAGCGUGCCCCCCCCAUACCAGCCCGUCAGCAUCCGCCACCUGGACACCUCGUCCAGCCUGGAGGAGCCGCAGGACUACCUGUGGCUGGUUAACUGCGAGAGCAAGAAGCCAGAGUCCGUCAGACCCCCCACGGGAUCCUCCAAGUCUACCUCCUCAGAGACGGACUGUAACGACAACCUCCCCCCGCACCGGACGGCGAGCGCGGCCGCCAUGUCCAAGCACGGCUCCGUCAACGGCUUCUUCUCGCAGCCGCCCAGCCUGUACGACUCGCCCCCCCCGCGGGGGGCGUCCCUCUCCACCGAGUCCAGCCUGUACAGCCUCCCCCGCAGCUUCUCCCAGGACACGGUGCUGCUGCCCAAAUCGGCGUCCUCGCCCCCGGGGCCGGACGGCGACUCGACGGGGGAGCUGUACGUCUUCAAUGCGCCGUCCCGCAAGGCGUCCAUGGAGAGCCAGCUGCGGCUGGUGUCCAUCAGCUACGACAUUCCGCCCACGCCGGGGAGCAGCUCCGCCUACCAGGUGCCCCGCACGGCCCCGCCCGAGGCCUCCGGCGCCGCCCCGGCCGACGUGCCCCCGCCCCGCCCCCCCAAGCCCUCGCUGACCGCGCCCCCCGAGCGCUCGCCCACGGAAAACUACGCCGUCCCGCGCUCGGCCUCGGAGACGGACGGGAACUACUGCGUGCCCCCCAGCGCGGGGGGGGCGGGAGGGAAGGCCCUGCGCAGCAACACCAUCGCCACCAUCGACUCGACCCGCCUGCGCAGAGAUUUUGGAUCUCAGGACUGCUACGACAUCCCCAGAUCAUUUCCUUCGGAGGGAAGCGGCUCCUUCGACUUCAACGAGAGCUUCAGCACCUACUUAAAAAACAAAGGCAUGGUUCCAGUGCGCAGCGCCUCUGCGGAGGAGGUGGAUGAGAACUACGUGCACAUGAGGGCCAACUCGCCCUCACACCACCAUUCCCAAAGCCUGUCCGAGCCAAUCCAGGAGCCCAACUACGUCCCCAUGACGCCCGGCACCGUGGAGUUCUCCUCCCUGGGCAAGCAGGUGCCCCCCCCAGCCCACAUGGGCUUCCGCUUUAGCCCCAAGACCCCCCCACGGAAACCCAUGCCCAUCACGGACUGCCAGCCCCCGCCCGUGGACCGGAACCUCAAACCAGACCGCAAGGGUCAGAGUCCUAAAGUAAUGAGGGCCAAACCGUUUGCUUUAGAGCGAACUGAUUCGCAAACCGUAGGCGAGUUCCCCAGACGACGCAAGGCGAAACCAGCCCCGCUGGAGAUCAAGCCCGUGCCAGAGUGGGAGGAGCUUCCAGCUCCGGUCCGCUCGCCCGUCACCCGGUCCUUCGCUCGGGACCCCUCCAGGUUCCCUAUGCCCCCGAGGCCCCCAUCGGUGCACAGCACAGCCUCCAGCACUGACUCCGAGGACUGUGAGGAGAAUUAUGUGUCCAUGGUCGUCCCUAAUAUGAGCGCAGAUGAUCCAAGCGCGAAGCUGAGCGCCCCCAUGAACGCCGAGGGGGGGGGCAGUCCCAUGGUGAGGCCCAAAGGAGACAAGCAGGUGGAAUAUCUGGACUUAGACCUGGAUCCGGGCAAGUCCACUCCCCCUCGAAAGAAGAAGAGCAGUGGCGCGGGCAGUGCGGUAGCGGACGAGCGGGUGGACUACGUGGUGGUGGACCAGCACCGCACGCAGGCGCUGAAAAACACGCGCGAGGCCUGGAACGAUGGCCGCCAGUCCACCGAGACCGACUCGCUCUCCAAAGGCCCCAAGUGAGCGCCGAGACCGCCAACGCCGCCGCAGCCCCGCCCCCGGCCCGCCGGGACACCGCCCCGCCCCACCCAGCCCAAACCCCGACCCCACCCCACCCAACCCAGCCCAAACCCUGCCCCCCAGGGGGGGGGAGACUGCGCACGGACCUCAGUGUUCUGUUUACAGCGCCACCUGUCUGAACUGCCAUGUCCUUGUCUCUGGGAUUUAAGCUGACUACCACGGCACGGUGCAUUGUGGGAGAACGAGUCCCGUCUCAGCUGGGCUGGAGCCUGCAGAGACUUUGCUAAAGCAGGAGACCGGAGGACCGGUGGUUCCUCCCUCUCACACGGGACCGCCUCGUUCUGCCCGGUGGAGCCCCUCUCACACGGGACCGCCUCGUUCUGCCCGGUGGAGCCCCUCUCACACGGGACCGCCUCGUUCUGCCCGGUGGAGCCCCUCUCACACGGGACCGCCUCGUUCUGCCCGGUGGAGCCCCUCUCACACGGGACCGCCUCGUUCUGCCCGGUGGAGCCCCUCUCACACGGGACCGCCUCGUUCCGCUCGCUCGUGCUCAGUUGCCGCCGCUGCUGGGAUCGGGCUGCGUUCGGAACACCAGCCUUCGCCUCGUCGUCUCUUCACUAACGCCGCCGCACAUUCUCUGCUUCUCAUCUGCUGAGGGGAGAUUCAGCCUUUUCGUCAUUUUCAGUUUUGCCGUAAGAUCCAUAUUUUUAGGUCACUUUUUUUCAAAAGAAGUGUUAUAUACUUGUAUAUUUUCAGGUGUAUCUGAGAAAUUCCAGUGGAUCCAGAUUUUCAGAAUUUCAACAUUCACACGUCUCGUUUAGGUUCCUUUUAAAUUCAAGCUUGAAUGUGCAAUCAGAGGUUUUCUUAGUACGUCAAAUCUGCAGGUUGAAGUUAGGUUUCUCAUUUCUCAUUUCAUACAUACAUCAUCACGUUAGUGCAAAGCGAAAUGCAAGUGUCUGUAAAAAAGUGUUAUGUGUGUUAGUGUCCUUUACAUGUGCUGAAUAUCUAGUAUGUGAAUGCUUACUGUAAGUGCGGAUUCUGCAGGGUAGAAUCCAGCGCCUACUGAGAUGGUGGUGUCCGAAUUUAUGACAUGAACUAAACCACCAGGAAAAUGGUGAAAACAACAACUGUGACAGCUUUUGGCGGAAAGUUCACGAGCUUUCCGUUAGUUUUAUGCAAGGUAUCAAAACUCUAAAAGUAAAAAUAAAUCAGGUACUCAUUGAAAUAUUAAUACAAGUAUCCAUUUAUAAUUUAUUUUGAUGAGUAGGUCAUCAUUUGAACAGUUGUGGUCCGGCAAACCUCUCACUACUGUUAAAUAUUAGGUUUUCUGAUCAUCUGUAGACCAUUACUACUUAAGAAACAAGUUUGCUGUAAAAGAUGCCUUUUUUUGACAAGUGCCAGUUAUAUAUAUGUUUUGCAUCACAAUUUUAUUUUUGAUUCUUCAUUACACCAUGUAGCUGGCUUGUUGAUUCAUUUUUCUCUCCUGAUUAGAUGAUUAUAAUUUAUUAUUUUUUUUAUCGGAUUUCCACAGAUUUCUUUGGGAUGGACUGACUGCCUUAUCCAGACAGUGUGUCUGCUGUAAAUAUGACAAAUUUUCACCUUUUGCCUAAGAGUCUUCUACAUACUUACAAAUUUUACUGUUUGUAAAUGUUCUUGCUUUACUAAUCUUUUCCUACAGCUAGGAGGCACGAAGCGUCUUGCUUUGACGAGGACAUCUUGCGUAUAUUUGCUCCUCUAUUUGAGCAUGUACCUUUUGAAAGCUGUGCCUACGCUGUUAUUUCCAGAGUACUUAAAUUUCUUCUCCAUCAGAACUUUUCUUGUUGCAAACAGAACUAUAAAACAUUGAUGCUUUGUAUUUUUUUUAAUAAAUCAAAAGGCAAGUGUACAUUUUAAAGUUGACUAAAUAAAAACAUACCAUUACGCAUCUUUGUGAGAA